AUGGCCUCGGGCGUGGGCGCGGCCUUGGAGGAGCUGCCGCACGACGGCACGUGCGACGAGUGCGAGCCCGACGAGGCCCCGGGCGCCGAGGAAGUGUGCGGGGAAUGCGGCUUCUGCUAAUGCCGCCGCCACGCCGACGCGCACAGGCACAAGUUCUUCAGCCACCACCUGGCCCGCUACAUCCACGGCGCGGGCACCUGGGCCGCGGGGGCCCCGGGCGGGGGCCCCGACAAAGGCGAGGCCAAGGUGGAGAAUGAGCCCGAGGUAGAGAGCGAAGCAGGGGAUGGCAGUCGGGCCGACGACGCCCAGAGCCAAUCCGCAGAGAGCGAGACGGAGGACGAGAGCGGCGAAGAAGAGAGCGAAGACGGCAGCGAGGAAGAAAUGGAGGAGGCGCAAGAGAGCGAGGUGGAGGAAGAGAAUCUGGAAGAAGGCGAAUCCGAGGCCGAGGGAGAAACCGAGGCCGAGAGUGAAUUCGACCCUGAAAUCGAAAUGGAAGCGGAGAGAGUGGCCAAGAGGAAGUGCCCCGCCCACGGGCUGGAUCUGAGCACCUACUGCCAGGAAGACAGGCAGCUCAUCUGUGUCCUGUGUCCGGUCAUCGGGGCUCAUCAGGGCCACCAGCUCUCCACGCUAGACGAAGCCUUCGAAGAGCUGCGAAGCAAAGACUCGGGCGGACUGAAGGCGGCGAUGAUAGAAUUGGUGGAAAGAUUAAAAUUCAAGAGUUCAGACCCUAAAGUAACUCGGGACCAGAUGAAGAAGUUCAUACAGCAGGAAUUUAAGAAAGUUCAGAAGGUGAUUGCUGAUGAAGAACAGAAGGCCCUUCAUCUAGUGGACAUCCAGGAAGCAAUGGCCACAGCUCAUGUGACUGAGAUAUUGGCAGACAUCCAGUCCCACAUGGACAGGUUGAUGACUCAGAUGGCCCAAGCCAAGGAACAACUUGAUACCUCUAAUGAAUCAGCUGAGCCAAAGGCAGAGGGUGACGAGGAAGGACCCAGCGGUGCCAGCGAGGAAGAGGACACCUGAAGGCUCGCCUCCCCGUGGAUGCUCAUCCCUCCCCCGUGUGUAUGUCACAGCGUGUGUGUACCAGCUUCUGAUUUCUGCGAAAGCUGCCCAGCAACAAACGUUCUUCCCCCAUGUGUCCCCCGCUCCGCAGCAGCCAUAUGUCCGCCCAAGUGACGACCGGCUCGUACCCUUACGGACCGCAUAUGGCCUCUGUUUGGCCGUGGUAGGUCAGGGGAAAUUGCCAACUUGAUCCACCAGGUACAAUUAAGAAGGGCCCUCCAGGUAAUUCUUCACAGGCUGCUUUGAACAGACUUGGGAAAGGCAGCCCCUCUAACAGAGCUUCGCUAGUGAGGCUGUGGAAUCCUCCUGAAGGAUAGUCAGCAUUGUCCCAGCCGGCCAGGAAAACCCCACGCUGUUCAGACUGCAGCACCACACCAGCGAGGGCAAAGUGGGGCUGAGUGGCCGCAUCUCCACCUCGACCUUCUCCAGAAGCCCAGCUCCAACCCCGGGAGAGCGCCAUGCACGCAUCAGGCGGCUGGCUUGAAAACGGGGUGGAGGGAAGGACUAAGCGUUAGAGAGACGUGGAAAUGUUUUUAGUAUGUGAGGUUACAGAGGGCUUCAGAUUCAUAAUUCACUGCUGUGGGUGAAUCCAGUGACUGGGGAGGAGGUCGAAAGGAAAUGACCUUUUUUUAAAAACGAAAGAGGACCACGGACAAAAAGGUCUGAUUAAACGUGGAAUUCAGUCUUUCUCAACCAAAAUUGCUUGUAUUUCCAAAACAAUCACUAAAGGGUCUGAAUUGUUUGGGUCAAUCUAAAGGGUUUUGGGUCUCCCCCCACAGGGCAGGCUGGAAUAUAUAUUACCCAACGGGAGUUUUCAGCUCAGGCUUUUGGCUUUCCGCCUAGCCUAACUUGGCUUAAAUGCUGCGGGGGGGAUUCUUGUCAUUCCCGUCCUGAGUGGAGCAGCUAUGCCAUUCCGACACUCCAGCGGGGCUCCCUCUUCUGGUGGCAUUUAACACCCCCCCACCCCCCACCCCCGACUCAAGUCCUCUUCCUCUUACAUGUUAAGGAUCGAAAAACCCAGAUUGGGGUAUUCUCGCCUCUCCCCAUCCCCAGAUCACAUCAUACAGGAAAUGUUCUCACCCCAAGGAAGCAGGGGUGUGAGAAGGGAGUAGACGCCUACAAGCUAAGAAAGCAGCCCUGCAGCUUCCCGAGAUGCUCGUCCUACUCAGCGCGAGGUUUGGAGCACUGGAUAGGAGUUCUUUUUUCUCUGACAACGGCACUGUGAAAUCGCAGGCCCAGCACACACACUGCUAACACAGAUUUCAGAGGUCAUGCUCGUUUGCAAAUGGGGGGUUGUGGUCCUUCUCCCCUGCUUGCCAUCAGCGGUAUUCCCACGGUCACUUCUGAAAAGUCCCAUAAGAACCUGCGUUGGCUUUGGGGUUGCUGCUGCCUCAGUGCCUAGCCGUGUAGGACCCCGACCCCCCACCUCCCACCCGCUCUCUUCCGAGGAGGCGACCGUAUGGGUGCACAGGAGGGCUUUGGGGAAGAGCCCCUCUAUUUGCCGUUGUUGAUUCCUGUGCAUGCUGUGAGUCAGGUCUCCUCUUGGGGUCAGGAAGCUACCAGGCUUCUCCAGUUCCAGGUUAAGACCACACAGCCCACUGCAGAUGUCGACCUGUUAUUGCUGACAGAAGAUUAGGCUGUUAAAAAAUAAAAGUUUUUUUUAAAAGUGUUUUUCUCCAAAGUGGUUGCCAGAACGGCUGAGCCAAUGUUGUUGCUUUACUGUCUGCAGAGACUAGAGAGUUGGGCAUCUCAACGAUUAGAGAUGCCAUGAAACUAGCCCCAGAGAAGGACCGGAAACCAUGCUUGAAACAGUGAAAGUAUCAGAAGAUCCUGAAGGCUUUAAGAUUUGGAAAUGUAUGCCUUUCUCUGGCCAACACGAGACAGAGUGCACAAACGUGGAUCCUGGUGGGCGGAGGCUGCAGCAACCCCAGAGGAGUCAUCAAAGGAGGCAGGCCGGGGAACUCUCCAGACUCAAUCAGGUACUCCCAGCUGCCCCUGGCUGCCCUCCCAGUGUCGAGUGUCUGCAGGCUAAGAAGGGCUUGCCCUUUGAUUUGACAUCGUACGUCUAAGGCAACUCUAAGCCGUGCUGGAAGCUCAGCUUAGGAAGGGAACUGUCCUGUAGUGAGGACCUGCUAGGAGCCAGGCCCAUGAUAAACACAGUGUGAAAUACAAGAGUCCUCUGCCACAAGUUACAAAGCCAGGAAGGGCAACUGAACUCAGCUCUCCCUGACUGGCUCUGAGGGCAAAUCUCACCGUGCACUUUGCUCCUGGUGCACCUAAGAGCCCAAGAGAGGGCAAGGCUCAGGCUCCCCCGCUGAAGUCCCACCACCCCACUUUAGACACUCUGUUUUCAAGGUGAUACUUAGUAGCUGAUGUUUGGCGGCCAUCAAGAAAUGCCAUCAAGACAGCCUUAUUCCUGCAUCUCAGCAGGUGCUCCGGUCCACGGUGGAAACUUGGGCUAUCCCAGGAGUUGGCAAAGCCAUGCCUUUUUGGCAUCACCUCCCAUAAAUAAGACCUAGGCCUUGAGGAGUAUAGAACUUUCCAGAAAUAAUCAAAAUAAAAGGUGUUCUGCUAUCCACUCUAAGUUUAUUUGAAAAUACUAGCUGUCUCACUGAUGCAGAAAAGAAAAUGCUCGGUCUUUCGUAAGCCUGGCCCAUCGUGUGCUUUUGCGGUUCAAAGUCUAGUGAAUCUGAACUCCCCAGCCAAUACCUGAUUUGAUUUAUAAUUAUAGGUACCAGGGGGGGCUUCAAAAGGUCUUGGAAAAAAUGGAGUGAAAAGAUAAUGGCACUUUUUAAAAAAACGUUUUGAAGGGCCCUAGGACACACAUUACAUUUAAGAACUACAGCAACUCAAAGCACCCCCUCAUUAUCUUGCAUGCCACUGCAAAGGUGUCUGCCAGUCCUGAUUACAAGUGUCACCAGAUAAUUGGAGCUUAGCUGCUUGCUUACAAGAUGCUCACAAGAAGCGCAACUCCCUGGCAAAAGUUGUCAGCUCCUAAAGUGCUGAGCCAAAGUGACAGCCCGGAGAGAAAUUGCACACCAGACCCACUCCAAAACGUCUGCUGACACGGGGGCAGAUGUUGCUUCUUCACGCAGCCACUUGGGGGACCUCAGAGGCUAACCACUAGGUCUUUCCUGUGGCCACAGCCCCGAGCCCACUAACCUGCAGUACUGGCCAGGCCUUGGAAGUCCUCUUCCUCUAUGUAGGAAAUAGCUGCCUCCCAAUAACCAAUAGUGCAUACUCAGGGCUUCAUGCCUUUGACCUAAACCAGAAGAGAGCUUGGGUCCCAGCAAAUACGCUACCCCUGGGAAAGCACCCCUUGAAGGCAUUGAACGGACACGUGCCCCACUCCUCAUUCACCUUCACCAACUGCCUCGUAUUCCAACAUUGCCCCCCCACAACCACAGUUCAAAGUCUUUCGCACACUGGUGAGGGACAGGCCUGGUGGCAAUGGCUGCCCAGUCUUUCCCCCUCCAGGGACCACUGAAACUGGGCCGAGCUACCCGGCCAGCAGGGGUGCAGUGCCAAGCCAGCAGGUGCCCGAUCUGGGAUCCCAGCACCCCUGAAACCUGAGGUCCUGCAGCUCGCAAUGGCUGUGAGGCUGGGAAGGGAGGAAAAGAAGAGGCACCGAGAGAGUGUUGUAAGAAAUGCCUGUGACUUGAAUGACAUCCUGACUCAAGCUGAAAUGGCCUUUGCCCUCUGUCUCAGCGGGACUGGUCAUUCAGCCAGACUCCCGGUGCCCUUGCAGGAAUGCUGGCACACUCGGGGCUCGGAGCAGGCCCCAGGUCAGGAAUACGGAACACAGUGCUGGAGGGGGCUCCCCAGGGAAGCGCUCUCUCCUCUCUCUCCUCUCUCUCUCUCUCCCUCUCUCUCUUCAGCUUUGUCUCUUUCUCUCUCUCUCCCUCUCUCUCUUCAGCUUUGUCUCUCCUCCGAGGCUCCUCCACAGAGGAAUCCUCCGUAACUGGACUGAUGAGCAGAUCUGUAAAUCACAGCUGUUAAUCCUCUGAUCAUACUUUCUAAACUUAAAACACUCAAAUUCAGAUGGUCUGAAAACAGGCUUGGGGAGGUAGCUUCCAUUUUCCCAUAGCACUAGCUUCUCCUAAACAGGCUGCUCUUCCGAACCUAACCUUGUCGCUAAGUGAGGAGUGAGUGGGGUGUGGCGGAAGGCCCUGGAGUCUGAAGGCCCGGGGUCCUAAUGUCAACUGGGACUUCAGUCAGCAGUCUGGCCCCUGUGCACAUAAUUCCCUGCAGUCCGAAAAGGCAGAGGGAGGAGUAAACUGUAAAGUCCCUUUGGUUUCUUCAAACUUGUUUCUGCAACAUCAGUCAGAUUCACCUUCCUGUUCAAGCACACUGUGAGGCUUUGAGGGCUGGCGGAUCAUCACAGCAAUGGGAGGAGACAGGCAGGAGCUUUGCCCGCUAGAUCAGAGCAGAUCUGGGCCCCUUGCUUCUCCCAGUGUCCGAGAAAGCACCAAGCCCAGAGCUUAGUACUGAAGAACAGCUGCCUCCAACGAGCCCAGCUGCACGGUCACUGUGCCGCGCACAUCCUGGCGUCUCUAUGAAAAAGAACCUCGUGAUGGAGAGCAGAUGUAAAGGCACCCCCACCCCUCCCCCGGGAAGCCUCAGACUCCGUAAUAUUGCUUCCUCUCUUCCAUGCUCCCAAACCCAUUCCUGAGAACCACGAGCCGAGAGAGGACUUCAGAAACAACAGAAAGAGACCAAAGCCCGAGCGAGGGCCAGAGCAGGCAGGGGACAAUGAAGACUCAGGUGUGCAUGCAGGUGCCCGAGCGCCGCGGGCCACUCUCCACCUGACAGGCUGCACUGCGGGACAGGACAGCACACCAAGGAAUCCUUCGUCCCCUGCCUGCUUGCUGCCCAGCCCCGUCCCGCCUCCGUCAUCUCCCCUUCCACCCUUUGAGCUAAACAAGAGAACACACAACCUCUCCAGGGAAUUACACAUUUGAGUUAACGUUUCAGUAGAUCAUGUUCAUACUGUAAAUUAUUUUGUAAGAGAUUUACCGCUAUCCCAGAAUGUGCAGACUCCGUGCCCCUGUGCUUUUGGAAAUCAAUAAACUCUUACUGGAAAUAC